GCUGUUGAAUAUAAUUAUUGUACUAUUUAUUAUAUGAUUAUGUACAUACAUACACGUGAAUAUACAUAUACAUAUACAAUAUAUACAUAUAUAUAUAUAUAUAAAUAUAGAUAUACAUAUACGAUAUAUAUAUUUAUCAUAGAUGCAAAGAAAAAAAAAAAGGAGUAGAAAAAGAGAUGCGUGUUUAUGGUCGAAACUUUUGCCAGUUUAAAUGUGUACUCCUGGAACCAGGAACCAGCAUCCGUAUGGUAAACCAAUACAUAUUGCCAAUGCCAAAGUAGUCCAGAGCCAAGAACUAUUAGCGAAGUGUGUACGCCAAUGGAAGCGCAACAGCGCAGAAAUAGGGCGAAUUAGACAUGAAAAAACGACAAUUAGUUUUGAUCCUACCAUUUGGAAAUGAACGCCAAACCUAGAUUUCAGAUGCGACGGGAGGUAGAUGUUUCCUAGUGCUUCGAAGCCUCAAGCACACAACACUUUUGAUCGCCAAUUCUCGAAGGUUUCGAAUCGUUAUAAAGCGUAAAAAGCAUACAAAUUUUAAAUAGCUGCUCCCUUACCUCCCCGUUUUGUUUAUGCAUCGAGAAGUAUACAGUAAUAAUUGAGAGUAUACAAACGUGAACGCCAAUGAAUGCUCGUGAACGGUUACUGCAACGCAAUGGGUUACUUAUGUUUGUACUACAGUUUGUACUACAGUUGCCCGAAACAGAACACUACAAAGCCCAUUCAUUGAUUACACCAUAGGAGCAGCAUGAUCGCAGCGAUCGGAGCGCAAUUCAAAGCUUCAUCAUAUGUUCAUCUCCAACACCCUUUGUAACGAACUACAUUAGCGAUCAGUUUGCAUUCAUCCGCAGCGAUUAAAACGUGAUCGAAUAUCGAAACGAAAGUAAAAGAAACAAACACAACAGUGCCACAACGAACUCAAACGCAGAAAAUAGCCAUUUCAACCAAUCUGUUACACCUUUUCCACUGCAAGCCGCUCAAACAUUAUCCAUUUCUUGUCUGCAGUAACGGUGUGCUCGCUGUAUCUAUCUUUCCUGUUGACGAUUCUGUCCCAUAUCCCUUAUUCAGUCCCAUUUUAUUCAUGUUGAAUGAAUGUCGAUUGUAUAGUAAAAAAUGAAAACCAAACAAACAAACAUGACUAAAUAUUGAGUGUUUACAUAUUGCUGCGAGUGCUAACUGAUCAUAAAGAAACUGCGCCAAAAGUACGUGGAUGGAUUUAAAAAAAGUCACUAAAAACACUAAAAACCAAAAAAGAAAAUUAAACAUGUUGGUAUAACAAAGACAAAACGAACAAAAGUUAUUCGUACAAAAAAUUUAA